UGGACGGUGCCCCUGGGAACCUGCUCCUGCCAUGUCGGCUGGGAUACAGCGGCUAACAUCGGUGGGAGAACAGCUGGAGAAACGACAGGGAGGCUCCAGACAUGGAAGAUUUAGAAUGCAGGGCAGAAGAGGAUGAUCAACAUGUGAAAGUAAAAUGUUUUAGAGAGCCACACAGCCAACUCGAGAAGAGGAUGAGAGACAAAAUGAAUGACCUUAUAGAAGAACUGUCUGCCAUGAUCCCUCCCUGUAACUCAACGUCUCGCAAAUUAGACAAGCUUACAGUGCUGAGAAUGGCUGUGCAGCAUUUGAAGUCACUGAAAGGUGCCACCAACUCUUUUGCUGAAGCGAAUUACAGGCCUUCUUUCCUGCCUCAUGAUGAGCUUAAACAACUUGUCCUCAGGGUUGAAUUGAUUGGACAGAGCCUGUUUCACUAUGUGCACCCAAAGGAUAUUGCAAAGGUGAAGGAGGAGCUCUCUGCUUCAGAUGUGUCACCUCGGGAGAGACUGAUAGACACUAAAACUGGCUUGCAAGUCCAGUCUGACAUCCCAUUAAGUUCUGCACGCCUGUGCCCUGGUGCUAGAAGAUCCUUCUUCUGUCGAAUGAAAUAUCAUCGAAUACCAGUGAAGAUGGAAGACAAAGAUUUUCAGUCAUGCACCACAAAGAAAAAAGAUUCUCAAAAAUACUGCACAUUCUGCACUGGCUACAUGAUAUGCUGGCCAACCAGUCAGAUGGGAAUGGAGAGAGAGAGCGACUCUGAGAAAGAGAGCAGUAACUUCAGCUGCCUUGUUUUUAUUGGCCGCUUUCAACCACACACGCUGCCCCAGAUGAACAGGGGAAUCAAAGUGAUGCCCACAGAGUUUGUUACUCGAUAUGCUAUGGAUGGAAAGUUUACCUUUGUGGACCAGCGAGCAAUCACUGUUCUAGGCUAUCUGGCCCAAGAGCUACUCGGAGCUUCUUGUUAUGAGUACUUCCAUCAAGAUGACCUUCUACAUUUAUCUAAUAGACAUAGGAAAGUUCUACAAAGUAAAGAGAAGAUUGAGACAAAUUGCUACAAAUUUAAAACAAAAUAUGGCUCCUUUGUCACCUUGCGAAGUCAGUGGUUUAGUUUUAUAAAUCCCUGGACCAAAGAAGUAGAAUAUAUAGUGUCUACAAAUACAGUGAUGCCCAGUGGAUAUGGUAGUACCAGGGACUCGGCUGAAAGUUCAUCACAGCAGAGUGAUAUUAAGUCAUCUGAAGGCUCCAGUGGUACAGUGAUUGGUGCUGGAAGUAUAGGAUCUCAGAUUGCUAAUGAACUGCUAGAUUUCAAUAGGUUGAACUCCUCUCCGUGUAGCACUGUUGGCUCCUUCACUCCUUUUCAAGUGAAAUCCCAUCUCACUUUAGCUCAAAGCAGUAUUAACGUGCCAAAUAGAGACGCUGCUGCCCCAGUACUCACUACAAAGCUCAGCCAAGAAAGUCAGGGAGCUUCGUUUCCAGUCAGUGAAGAACUGAUGAAUGCCCAUUCCCAGCUGGAUCUCGACAUGCUUGUGGGACCUAGCUUUGGUAACCUUGGCAACGAUGAAGCUGCCAUGGCUGUCAUUAUGAGCCUGUAGACAGAAGGUGAGCUGGGUGUAAGAGAGGGAUUCAAUGAAGCGCACUGGUCUCAAUAAUCCUUAUUUUUCAAAGUUGAUUUUAAUCAUUAUCAUUGUUACUUUCUAUUUAGGUAGCAUAAAGGGUUUAAAUAUGCAGCAGUGUGCUUCAUAAGCAGAAAAGUCUUCAUAAACUGUUUACAUCUGUGCAGUGUGGGUGUGUCAUGAAAAGAAACAAUAGAGCACCCUUUUCCGAAAUUGUUUAUUUGAAGAUAAAAUAUUGAAAUAAAGCUGAGAAUUCCACUUCUAAAUAUGUCUCACAAAUAUUAAAAUAAUUUUGUCAAAAUCUAGGGUGUUUGUUAGGCCCAUUUGGUAAUUGUAAUUUGACAGAGAUGCUAAAGGGUUAAAUAAUUAGAGCAAACCACUUAUAUUUUUACUAUUAACGGGUCAAUUUUUUUUUUUUUUUUUUUACUAUUUGCCCAACAUGUUUGGAUGUUUAGGGGAUAAGUGAUCCAACUGUGUGUUUUGUGUUCCAAUGCCAUAUGACAUCUUACUAAAGUUUAACAACACCUGUAUUUACCUGUCUGUUUUCUUUAGCCAACAGUGAUUUUAAGUUAUCCGAUCUAGAAAAAAAAAAAAAACAUACAUCUGAUCACUAUCCACUGACUAAAAUCAAUUUAAAGUUGUAACCAGUCAGGUUUAAAAGUGACACGCUAUAUAAUUUGUAAUCAUAGCGCUGUAUAAUUAUGCUGUGGAGUAUGGAAGAUGGUCCUGAGUGCAAUUGAUUUGAGUUUAAUUCUUGACUUUUUUAUUGGAUAAGUAUAAUGUUCUUAAUGAAAAUAAAUGAUCUUCUAGUCCAAGCAUUAGCCUGGCAUAAGAAUUGUUGUUAUGUAGGUCUUCUGUAAGUCCUUAAAUGAAUCUGUCUCAGCAUGCGCUAUUGUAAUCAAACUUCAAUCAUAAUUUCUGAUUUACACACACACACACACACACACACACACACACACACACAGUGCUUAACUGAUCAGUUGAUUCAUUUUCUGUGUUUAUCUUGUAAAAUGUAUUGGGUGAGGCCAAUGUUCAUUUGCACUGGGGUCAACAGGUUACUUUAUGUGAGAUUAACACAGCUCCUCUGUACUUCAUUGGUUAUUUUGUUCAUAAUGCAAAAGCAUUUAUGUUUACCCCGUGUACUGAAAUCUUGUUGCUGCUACUGUGAGCACACUGACUUUGUGAAUGAGGUGUUACAUCUCCAAAGGCU